AUGAACUCCAACUCGUGUCCUUGUUAGCUAUUCUAGUUUCCACUGCUCAGUUGGUGCUGUGAGAGAGACCCAUUGCCAAGGGACCAGGUCUGGGUUGAUGUCCACUUUUGCCCCCAGUGAGUGAAUUGUCUUCAUACCAAUUUUUUUAUGAAACACAAGACUCAGUAUGAACUGCAGUCAGGCUCCUGGCUUUAUCCUCUUAGGACUGUCCAGAGACCAAGAGAGAUGGCAGCCUCUCUUUAGCAUCUUUCUAUCUCUCUACUUGCUGGGCCUCCUAGGGAACCUGCUACUUCUGUUAGCUAUUGGUGCUGAUGUCCACCUCCACACCCCUAUGUAUUUCUUCCUCAGUCAGCUCUCCCUCAUUGAUCUUUGUUUCAUUACUACCACAACCCCCAAAAUGCUGGAGACUUUGUGGACUGGAGAUGGAUCAAUCUCAUUCUCUGGAUGUCUGACUCAGUUGUACUUCUUUGCUGUUUUUGCGGACAUGGAUAACCUACUUCUGGCGGUCAUGGCUAUCGACCGCUAUGCUGCCAUCUGCUACCCACUGCACUACCCACUUCUAAUGACUUCUUGCAGAUGUGGGGUUCUGGCUAGUGGGUCAUGGGGAGUAGCUCAUUGUGUGUCUCUGGUCCAUACCUUGUUGAUCUCCCAGUUAUCUUUUCAUAACAACCAAGAGAUUCCUCAUUUUUUCUGUGAUUUUGGCCCUCUUUUACGGCUUUCCUGCUUCAAUACCCAACUCAAUGAGUCCCUGAUGAUGGCUUUGGCUGGGGUUUUAGGACUAGGUGCAUUUCUCUGCAUUGUAAGUUCUUAUGGUUGUAUUUUCUAUGCUGUGGCUAGGGUUUCAUCAGCACAAGGGAAAAGGAAAGCCCUGGCCACAUGCAGUUCCCACCUCUCUAUGGUCCUCCUCUUCUACAGUACAGUCUUUGCCACAUACCUGAAGCCCCCAUCUAGUUCUCACUCAUCUGGGGAGGUGGUAGCUGCUGUCAUGUAUACCCUGGUAACUCCCACUCUGAACCCCUUCAUUUAUAGUCUGAGAAAUAAGGAUGUUAAGAGUUCACUGAGAAAAUUUCUGAACAUGGAGAAGUCUCAGGGCUAAGGAUCAUUACUCAGAGAGGAUAACAC